AUGCCACUUCAGCCCUGUGAGAAAGUCGUCAGGUAAUGAGAAGUGACCUUUAGCUGCGUUUUGAAAACAUCUUCCACGAUUCCAGCGCAUAAAUAAGUUCUCCAACCUCCUUUAACUUUAGUCAAAAACUGAACUCACUCUCUUCAAUGGAAAAGGAGGCUGCAGAUGAGCUGCAAUGUGGCCUUUAUGGCACUACCACUACGGGCGGCACGCCUAGACGCGGCGUGGACCAGGAGGUGUGGCGGAACGUCGAAGUGCAGGCUCGACCGUACCAUUCAUCUGCUCCCUCGUCCGUCCCCGGUCUUCUUGACUCUGUCUUGACAUCGGGUCCAGGUGAGGGAGGAGGAGAGAGUGUGGUAGAUGCAGCGCAAGUCUGCUCUCAUUAUAAAUCCGGCGUAAGUCACCGUCCCUGCCCUCACCCUACUGUGAAGCGUACGGUGGACAUCGUUGAAAGCGACGGUCGGACUGUCGUGCAUACACUAAGCAUCGGUUUACACGAGCCUACCCUCGCGUUUUUCGGACUCUGCUUGCCUUAGGAAGCUAACCAUAUGGCGACAGUCAAAUGGGGCUGCAGGACCCAACCCGCCAGUUGAGUGAGUCGAUACGGGCAUCAGCACUUCUGUGUGAUUUUCCAGGAUCCACUGCAAUUCACUGCGUCAAAGGCCUUCGACAAGACGAAGAAAGUGGUGAGGAGGUUGGUUUUCAUUUCCCGACAUCUCUCCUGCAGUUGGCGGACUGCAAAGCUCAAGCCUGGUGUUUCGCGAUGUAUUAG